UUCGCACCGCGUUCUAGCAGCGCUUGAGGGAAGAAAAAAAAGUUCAAUAAAUUUUAUUUCAACAGCCUCGCUUCCGCGACGCCCACGCCUCCGUCGCCCGAGCAACCAAACCGCUCAGGCGCUGCAGUACCUAGGAGGAAACGCUUAAACCCAACCUGGGCGAACAGCGCUCUCUGAUUGGGCCAGAUCUACAGGGACACGCCCACUCCAGCAAGUUUCUUUGAGGCACAGACCGGAUGUAGAAGGGAAACCUGUAGGCGUGCUUGUGACCAAUAUGAGUUUUCUCCAAUCGGCGAGAGGAAUACGAUCGGAAGCGUGAUUCCUUUAUCCAAUCAGGAGGCGAGCUGGUCUCGGAUGCCGGAAGCGGAUGGAAGGGAGUUUGGAAGGUUGGAAUCAACGUGGGUUCUGCUGACUUCCAUCCGCGUGGAUAGAAAGAUGUCGGAAGACACCGAGAGAGAUGCGGCCAAGGAAUCUCCGGCCAAGAGAAGUAGACCCCGGGGGAAGAAAAGGGCGUCGACUUCCGAGGGCCUCUUGCAGCCGGUGAAGGUCAGCAAGGCAACUCUCUACAAGCCCCCGACCAGCGAAGAAAUGAGCCGGCUGAAGGAGACGGAGAACCUCUUCCAUUCCAAUCUCUUGCGCUUACAGAUUGAGGAGCUUCUGAAGGAGGUGACGCUCAAAGAAAAGAGGAAACGGAAGAUCGACGCCUUCUUGCACCACAUCAAUGACCUGCUGGCCAAAAUCCCAGAAACCGCUGAGACAGACAUUACUAACCAGUCCUGGCUCCCCAAGGGCGUGAAGGUGCCUCUCGUCCAGGUGCCUUUUGGUGUGAAGGGCCGCUUCCGUUUCCUGCCUCCUGUGUCGGUGAAAGUCGUGGGGAGUUACCUCCUGGGUACCUGCACCAAGCCCGCAGUCAACGUGGAUGUGGCGCUAACAAUGCCGAAGGAACUUUUCCAAGACAAGGACCACCUCAACCAACGCUACCACCGGAAGAGAGCCCUCUACUUGGCCCACAUCGCCCACCAUCUGGCGAAGGAACAGCUCUUUGGGAGCGUGAUGUUUGCCUAUGCCAACAGCAGCCAUCUCAAGCCGGUGGUGCUGUUGCAGCCCCAGGGGAAGGACGCCAAGGCAGUGACCGUCCGUCUCUACGCCUGCCCUCCCCAAGGCUUCUUCAAGCCCAGUCGUCUGUAUCCCAGCAAGAACAACGUCCGCACUGCUUGGUUCAUGGAGAAAGGAACACCUGUGGCAGGGGAAGCCGAGCCGCCCACCCCCCACUACAACAACUCCAUUCUGUGCGACCUGGUGAUGGAGUCCCACCUGCUGUUCCUCUCCGAGUCAGCCAGUGACUUCCCAGGCAUGCGGGACGGAGUGGCCCUCCUCAAAGUCUGGCUGCGCCAGCGGGAGCUGGAUCAGGGUUUCGGAUGCUACGGCUUCCUGGCCUCCAUGCUGGUGGCGUACCUGUUGUCCCGGCACCAGAUCAACAAAGCGAUGAGCGGCUACCAGGUGCUGAGAAACGCCCUUCAGUUCUUGGCCUCUACGGAUCUUACUACUUCUGGGAUUAGCCUUGCGAAGGAUGGAGACGGCUCACUGCCUACCCUGACCGACUUCCACAAAGCUUUCCAGGUGGUCUUCGUAGAUCCUUCCGGGCUGGUGAACUUGUGUGCCGAUAUGUCUGCCAGCAAGUACAGGCAGAUCCAGUUUGAAGCCAAGCAUUCCAUGGAAGUUCUGGAUGAUAAGACGGUGGAUGGAUUUCAGCUUUUGCUCAUGACUCGCAAGCCUUUGAUCCGAACAUUCGACCAUGUGUUCCACCUCAAGAAUCUCUCAAAGCUUCAGGCAGCCUGCAAGAAGAUGCAGCUUCUCCACGAACUUCUGGACCACGGCGGGAACUACAUUGCCGCAACUCUGCCUUUUCUCCUCCGCUUGCUGGAACACGGACUGGGCCAGAGAAUCCUGCUUCUGACCCACUCCCUCCCCCAAGUCCCUCCGUGGCCAAUCAACGCUGAACCUCCGAAGCACAAAGACAGCAGAUCCCUCUCGUUUGGGCUUUUGCUGAGCCCCGAUUUUGCGGCCAGCAUCUUGGAGAAGGGGCCAGAAGCUGAUCGUCCGGAGGCGGUGGAGUUCCGAAAGUUCUGGGGGGAGCGCUCAGAGCUGAGGCGUUUUCAAGAUGGCUCCAUCUGCGAGGCCGUUCUGUGGGACGCAGCCACCCAGAGCCAGAGGCGCCUCAUUCCAGAGCAGGUCAUUCGGCACCUCUUGCUGCUACACAUGGACAUUCCAGAAUCUGCCAUCUGCUAUACAGGCACACUGCUGGAGUCCGUGAUCAAAGUGGGAUCUGAGUCAGCAGGCACCGGAGAGGAGGCCAUGCUGGACGUCGUCCGCUCCUACGACGACCUGAGCCGCAAGCUGUGGAACUUGGAGGGGCUGCCGCUAACGGUGACGGCCGUGCAGGGGGCGCAUCCGGCACUCCGGUACACGGAUGUCUUCCCUCCAGUCCCCAUGAAACCGGAUUACGCCUACUAUGCCAGGAACACGGAGCGGGAGUCGCUGGUGCCAUUGGCGGAGAAGCCCUGCCCCGCUUAUAUCUCUCCAAUGAAAGUCUUGUGCCACAUGGAGGGGAGCGGCCAGUGGCCCCAAGACAAAGAAGCCCUCCGGCGGAUCAAGGCCGCCUUCCAGCUGCAGCUGGCGGAACUCCUGCACCGGCAACAUCAGCUGCUUUGCCGGCCCAGCCCCACCUACACGGACGUCUAUAAGGAUGGCUACGUCUUCCGCCUCCAAGUGACUUACUUCCGAGAGCCGCAGAUCUUGAAGGAAGUGAUCACCCCGGAGGGCAUGCUGAAGUACCAGGACACCAAGCAGUCCCUGCGGCUGGAACUGGAGACCCAUCACUUGCCCUUUCUGACCAGCACUCUUCAUGGCCUGCAGCAGCAGCACCCAGCUUUCGGGUCCACCUGCCGCCUUGCCAAGCGCUGGGUCAGCGCUCAGCUGCUGAGCGACAGCCUUUCGGAGGAGUGCGUGGAUUUGCUGGUGGCGUCCCUCUUCCUCUGCCCAGCACCUUACACGGCGCCCAGUUCUCCUCAGGUGGGCUUCCUUCGCUUCCUUCAUCUGCUGGCCACCUUCGACUGGAAGAAUAGCCCUCUCGUGGUCAACCUGAAUGCGGAACUCAAAGAUGAAGAUUAUGUGGAGAUCAGGAAUGACUUUGUGGCUGCCCGGCCUCGCCUCCCAGUCAUGUUUAUUGCCUCCCCUCAGGACCGUCAGAACUCGGUGUGGACUAAGGAGAGACCUUCUGCUCAGAUGCUGCUUCGGCUUCUGGUUCUGGCUCAGGAGUCUCUCCGGACGUUGGAGGAACAGCUGAUGGAUCCUUUGGGGAACCAGGAUGUGAAGAUGGUCUUCCGCCCCCCUCUGGACCUCUACGACGUGCUCAUCCACCUGAACCCCAAGCAGAUCCCAAGACACCUGCAGGCAGUGGACCGGCCAGUCACAUCGUUCAGCCGAGGGAUGCUAGCGCGGAACGCUGCGGUGAAGACCCUGGCCUUCCCAGUGGUGGAUUACGACCCCGUUCAACUGUACCUCCAGGAACUGCGGGAGGCCUUUGGCGAUCUUGCCUUGUUCUUCUACGACAAGCACGGAGGAGAGGUGAUCGGAGUCCUCUGGAAACCUUCCAGCUUUGAGCCGCAGCCCUUCAAGGUAUCCACCAUGAGCGGAAGAAUAAUGGCACCCAGCUCAGAGUCCCGGACCAUUCCCAAUGUGCCGGCUAUUUUAGAAGACUUUGAGAUUUUGGGAGAAGGACUGGUGAAAUCUGUGGAGGCUCGAACAGAGAAAUGGUCCAUCUAGAAUCUUCUAGGACUCCGUUACAUUCUGAGCUGCUCACUCAGUAGCUCAGGGUGUGGCUUGACUCAUAACAUUUCCCUUCAGAGUUCUCUUAUAAGAAAGGUAUUUUUAUUGCCCAAGGAACCUCUUGUAAUCCUGUUUCUCAUGUACAUUCACCUCUGACUUUCCUGAUAAAAAAAAAAAAAGACGUCGUUUUUACUGAAGAUAAAA